AGUCAACAGGUCAGUCAACACUGGUGUGGCUUCACACUCUGGUAUAUUAAUUCUGUCUCUGAUUUUUGAGUUUCCUAUGGGAAAAAUCUUGGAACACAGACAUUAUGCCUUUCAGGACCCAACAAGUUGUUGCCAGUCGUAUGGCAACUGGGUCGGCCCGUGACAGAUGGAAUCGCAACUCUACUAUCUACUCUGCCCCCAGCUCUUCACUGGGCUCGUUCCCAGGGUUUUCUUCCCAGGCAGGUGCAGCAGCAGCUGCCCAAGACACACCACCACCACCGGGUAUCAGUGUUACCCCAGGUUCCUGCCCCAGCUGCAAGAUUGGUGACCUUCACAAUGUGUAUCCCACCUGUGGUAUAUGUGCAGCCAUCUGUCUCUUUCCCCUGGGACUGGCAAUACUUUAUAUGUUACGUGGGCAACAAUGUGACGUCUGUGGCUACGUGGCUGGAAGGUAGAAGAGAAAAGUCACCUAGGAAGACCCUAUUUCUAAUUAGUUUUUAACAGUUUGAGGUGCUGGAAAUAAUUUUGAAGAUAGUUAAAAUUUUAAUAAGGCUGUGGACUCUCUGCAUGGGUGAAGGUAUCUUAUUUAAUGUUUUAAGUUUGUUUUACUGUGUAAAUUGACUUAGUUUUACACUUUAACUUUUUAAAAUUAAUUUUAAUUCCUCCUUAUGCAUAUCGUCUGCCUUUAAUGAGACUUGUAAAGGUUAUGAGCUACCAUUCCUUACCUAGGGUGAAUGCUAUCUAGGCACGUCAGUGAAAUUAUUGCAUUAGCAAAGAGCUAUUUAAUCUAGGAACAUCACUUGGACUAAAUCAAAAGGGCCAUUCUCUCUCUUCAAUUUUGGCCUCCAAAGUGGGGGAAGUUUCCUCUUCAUAUACUUCAAGAUAAGUUAACUGUGGAAAUAAGAUAUGAUAACCUUGACAGAAGUUUACAGAGUAAUACUGUAAUGACACUUCACACAUUACUACAAAAGUGACUAAACUCACUGGCAGUGGUUCCCAAACUGGGGGUAAUGGUAGAGUAAUGCUCUCUCUAGAGUCUAGAGAGAGCAUUACUCUACCAUUACCCCCAGUUUGGGAACACUGGACUAAAGGGUAAUCUAGAUAAACUAAUCGUGAAGCUAAGUAAAUAAGAUUCUACAAAGUGUGACAAUAAUAUUGAAAUUCAAAGCAAAAGCGGUAUGUUGUUGUCUUUAUAUUAUAUGAAAUUGCCCUAAUUUAUUUUUGUCGUCCAAUUCCCAUGGAAGAUAUACCGCUGAAGUCCUGAGAAUUUGUGCUGCCUAGCAGUACAGUACUAAUAUACUCAGCCAGACUACCUGGCUUAAUGUCUUUUCGGAUACAACCUCUAAUAAGCUAUAGACGACAGUAAUAAAUCCUCGCAGCUAGCGUUUUAAAGGCGUACAGAUGUCCCAUAAGCACACUAUUGAGAUGUCUAUCUAAUGCUAGUUGACAUUUAACCAGGUACAGCUUGGCUAAGUGUAUUAAUACUGUACUGCUAAUCAGCACAAAUUCUCAUGAACUGAGUGGUAAAUCUUCCAUGGAACAUAAUAUCUUGAUUUACUGCCAGUACAUAUACAAGGUAUACAGACCAUAGAUGACAUGAGUGACAUACUACUAUAUAGAAAGCUUCUUGUUAUGCUGAGCAUUUCCCACAAAUUAGGUCAGUUUUGUCUCAGGAUGCGACCCACACCAGUCCACUAACACCCAGGUACCUAUUUUACUGAUGGGUGAACAUAGACAACCGGUGUAAGGAAACAGGUUCGACGUUUCCACCCCUUCACUGGAAAUCGAACCCGGCCCCUUGCAGCUUGAAGAGAGCUUUAGGCACUAGGCCACAGGGCAACGAAUUAGAUAACUACUUUGGAGCUCACUUUCAGGCAACAGAGGAAUAAAUUAGGGCAAGUCUAUAUACUUUAAAGGCAAUAAGAUACCAGAGCUAAUACAAUGGAUCUCCCCUCUAUGGAGGUGCUCCUGAUGGCAUUAAUUAGCUUGUCCUCCCAUUGCUUGAAUAGGGUUUAAUGUUUCCCAGCAGAAAAUAGUAAUCCCUAUCUGUUGUGUAAGUUGGAGUGGUUAUGGGAAUUUUCCUCUAUAAAGGAGAGCCUCUGCUGAAGUUCCUCUAAAUUAUACCUUCUACUUCUACUCUAGGGUUCCAGUAAUGAUUAUUAUAAUAAAAAAAAGGGCUAAACCGCAAGAGUUAUACAGCACAGCAGGGCAAGGAAGGAUGAAGGGGAAAUGGGCGGCAAGAGGGAGAGGGAUGAUUAAGGUAUGGAAUGUAGCCAGGCAGUGGAUAGUGCAGGGGUAGAGGGUAGCUAGAGAUUAAGAUAGAAAGGAUGGAGGAGACUGCUAGAGGCAUCAUCAUCAGUUUGUGUAGUAAAUCAGCUACUGUCAAUCGAGUGUCUGGAUUAGAGGAGGGUCCAUCAGCAAGAAGGAAAGGUUAAGAAAGGGUAGCAGAGUGGAGACAACAUUGGAGGUAAAUUCUGCGUGCUCGUAGAUAGUGGACAGUCCAACAGAAUGUGGCUAACAGAUACUGGAACUUGACAAUUCUCAGAGGAACAGGGCACUUCUCCAAGAGAUACCCGUGUGGCCGACGCGAAGACGGGAGACAAGAAGAUGGCCAGAAACCUGUACUCGGUUUAAUAGAAUGAAGUUUAUGGAGCAGAUCAGACCAACGUUGUUGCCAACGAGUGCUAAGGUGGGUAGCAAUUUCAGCAAAAUUAUCUGUGAAUGGAACACCUCUAUAGGAAACUGUGAAGUCAUGUACUGCUGAUUGCAUAGCAGUGUCUGCCUGUUCAUUGCCCUGUACAUCAACAUGACCAGGGACCCAACAAAAAAACUAUCUGUUUGCUAGAGAUGUGGCAUAACCGAAGUUGGAUAUGGAAAAACUAGGGGGUGAGGUGUAUCAAAUUUUUGUAUUUAUUUUAUUUUAUUUAGAAAUUUUAGCAUACAUACGGAGGUACAAAAAAAAUACAGGUAAGAGCAGCAUGCCAAAGCCACUUAUAUGCAUAGCAUUACGGGCUGGCUUAAAAUUAACUUAAGAUUAACUAAGCAAUGAUGAAAUAAGUGAUAAGACAUUAUUGUAAACGGAUAACUAUAAAGCACAAAUGAGUAUUACAAAGACAGGUCAUAUGGUUGCAUGCAUUGCUGUUCAUUCAGUAGAAUGGAGUAUUCUGUUAGGUAGUGUAUUUAAAAAAAUAAGUUAGAUUGGGUCCUAGGUUUAACAUUUGUGAUAUAAUUUUAAGGUUCAGUUAUUCAGUAUUUAUUUGGUUUUGAGUAAGUGAACUUUGAGAAGAGACUUGAAUUUAUAAACAGGUAGUUUUUCUUUUAUAUUUAAAGGUAAUGAGUUC